CAAAUAUAUUACAUCUCGUAAAUUAACGAUGCAUCGAGCCUCCAAAGUUUAGCAAAUGACUUUUAAAUACCAACUUUCUUGGUGCUAGUUGAUUUCAAGAAAUUUCUCCCUCUUUUCCUUUGUAGCACAACCGCCAAAUUCAACCGAUUUUAUUGGACAAUUUUUAUCUUGUUUGAAAUUCUGGAGCAAUGGCAGCUCUUGGACCCGUUACCCCCUCACCGGCGUCCGGCCUGAGCAGCGCCGACUACUGCUACCUCAAGUGCUGGGUGGCGCUGGUCAGGGUGGGCAAACGGCUCCUGGCAACCGUCUUCAGGUGGGCAUAUCCAAGCUAUCCAGCAAUAUCCAUUCGACAAGGCCUCGAAGAAAUUCCUGGAUAUAGCAAUUCCAAAUACAAAAAUGAUUUCAACAAAGAUGAACGAAGGAAGAUUGAAUGUGGAUCGCUAGAUGACUUCGACAUCACUCUACUCAAUACCCUCAUUCAGAGGUUAGGUUUGAAACAACCUGUCGUGCCACCUAAAGAUGCUCCUAGGAGUAAAAUGUCCGAGCUUGUUCUUGAAGUCAAGAACAUGAGGAACAAGUUUGCUCAUCCGCUACUCUGCAUCGGUGAAGUCGAGAUGAUAAACUCCAUCAACGAAAUGAAAAGUCUCUUCGAGGCUGUUAUUGAUGAGGCAGAAACUCAGUUCAACGUAGAUGUUCAUGAAACUUAUAACCUUAAGAAUGAAAUUUCAAGCGAGCUCAAAGAAAUAAUGGAUUCCCCUCUGCCAGCCGCAACAAUUGAAGAGCAGUUAAAACAAAUCGCAGAGGAAAGGAGGAGGAUAGUGUUGCAAGAAGCAGGCAAUGAUCUUCUGAAAGGAUUUUCAGCCUUUUCAGAAUUGUCCAUCACCCCUUGGCCUUUUGCGCCUCUCAGGAAAAGGUUGAACGAGGUUUUCGUGCCCACUAAACUGAAACACACUUCAUAUAACUGCCUGCAGAACCGGCUUAGUGCAUCAGAGUCUGAGAUCGACGUAUCUGAAUUACUCCUAGCGACCCACUUGGACUGUUCAGAUCCCAAAUUCAUCCUGAUUACAGGGUCCACUGGCGUAGGCAAAACAACAGUUCUUAAAUAUCUUGUCCACUCUUGGACUCAGUCUUCAACUUCGUCUGUGAAAGGAAUCGAACAAUUUGAUCUCGUCUUUUAUUUAGAUUGUAGAGAAACGUGCUUGACCACUUUUGAGGAAUAUUUGGCUAAAGCGAUACCCAACACCUCGAACCUCUUCUCUGGAAAAGAACUCACAGAACUUAUUUUGAGCCUCAAAUGCAUUUUUAUCCUCGAUAAUCUAGAUGAGAUUCACAACAAGUCUUUUCCCAUCGUAAGUGAGUUAAUCAGUUCAACGUCUGACUCAAAGAUAAUCGCAACUGCCACUCAGGAUCUCGGAAAUCAGAUCUCUUUGAAAGCCCAACAUCGCCGACCUCUGAACUUAGUUCUGGAAGGACUUUCAAAAUCAUUCAUACCUGAGUACGUUGCGAGGCUGUACGAUGCUCUUCCAGAUGGCACGUGCAGUGCGUCGAUCGAGAACUUUUCCAGCUCAGUGUUGUCGCACGAAUACUUGUUGGAAAGCUGGCUCACGAAUCCAGAGAUCCUUUCACAUGUUUUCUUCAGCUGGUGUCUGGCUCCUGGGGAGACUUACCGCUGCUCCGCGCUCACACACAUCCUGCUGCAAUCCUUUAAUUUAAUUCUGAACAAAUUACGUAAGCGACUGUCGUCCAGAUCAUUAGUUGGAGUCUUAGAACUGCACAAUCUUCAGGCUAAACUACAGACGUUCUUGCUCGAGCUGGGUAGGAUUGCACUGGCUUCUACAGGUGAAGGUUCCUCAGGCCUGGGAUUCAAGAGCACCAGUCAGCUCCUCGUCAAAUGUCAGGAGCUCGGACUUCCUCCCAACGUCCUAUUGGCGGAAUUUUUAUGUUUCAAAGAAAAUUUCAAUGAGAAAACUCUUCAUGCGUCGAUAGAAGUAAGUUUUCCGAGCCUGUCGUUUCAAGAGUUCUGCAGCGCGUACCACCUCAAUAGUCUCAUUCUGAUGCCAGACGGCACUGGAGGCCUACAGCUCCAGGAACUGCUAUCCAUCUCCAAUUUGUCCCCCACCAAAGAUAACAUGCGCCGGGUAACUAACAUAGUAAGGUUUUUAGUAGGAUUACUUGCGGCUAGUGAUCCUGACAAGCUUGGUAUCAUGUGCGAUCAAAUUUUGGAUCUUCUUCGAGAUUUUUGUCAGGUUCGCAAAUCUAGCGAAUGGUUCCAGUUAUUAGAAGAAGCUCAAGGCCAUGACGAGUUCACCCAAGCAGUUUUAAAAUAUUUGGACCGUAAAUGGCAAAUAGAAGACAGUGGCAUCUCUGCCCUAGUAGUCAAACUUAUUCAAAAUCAUCCCCCGGAUUUAUUGGGGUUGGUGACCCUAAAAGACCCAGCCAGUCUUCCACACUUCGAUGAAGCAAUAUCGGCAUGUUGUCUGUCCAAGUUGACACUAUCAUUUUUCAACUACCACGAUUUUUGGAAGUUUGAGGGAGGGAUGUCUGACUCAUAUAUCCUGAAGAUCCUCGACCCAACUUCCAACUGCAAUCUUAUUAAUUUUGCUGGGCGAAUAUCUCCUUCAGUUUUUCAAAUCUUGCCCAAGUCGAUCCAACGACUCGCUCUCCAGAUUCAACCCUCAGACAUUCCCCAUCUGAACAAAGUGCUCCCUUCACUCAGUGAACUGCAAUUCCUCUCUUUGAAUUUAGUUGUGCCUGAAAACUGUCCCUUGAAAAUCGAGAGUGUGAAAGUGUCUAGCAGUGUCUUAUUGCUCUUGGACCUUUUUGGUGUUACCUCGGAAAAUUCUGAAUAUUUCUGCAAUUUUAUCGCCGGCAUUUCGCGUCGAUACGCGCGUCUUGGUUUACGCAGAACUAAAUUCGAUAGUCGAUCAUGCAAGAAUUUCCUACGUCUCUUGCUCCAAGAAAAUGUGAAUGCCACGAGCGUCGUCGUGGGGUCCACAGUCGAAGUCUCGGCUGCAGAGAGAGUCAUGAUGGAGUCCUCAGCCAAGCAUUGCGUCGCAUGUCAGAGUUUCAAGUGGAUUGCAUUAUGAAACAUCUUCGUUCCUCUGAGUUCACGUAGUAACAAUUUAAUUUAAAAUUAUGUCGUUUGAGUUCGCAACAUUUUUUUGUCAAAACUAUCCUCCGGAUAAACUUGAUCUCAAAUACUGCGAAUUAUAACGUUUUCUGCCUAAUUUACGAUUAUUAGAUCGCGUCUUGGUGGGCCUUGUGUUUUUUUACUUACGACAGCUGGAUGUGGAAGUACAGAUCUUGGCGACUACCCUUGGCUCUGGUUCGCUGAUAGUUUUUGGUUUUACUAUACGCACACUUCCUAAUUUCUCGCUACGCGACAAUAAUAUUAAGAUACUCCUACAUUUGUUGUAUUUUUCAUCGUCAUAUAU